CCGUCAUCGAGACCUCUCUAGGAUUCCCUCUACAUGUUCCGUCUCCUGCGCCGCAGACCUCGCAAGACCCCACGCUUUGAGGCAUCAUCUUCUAGCAGGAGUCUCCCACUCCAAGGUUGCUCGAGGUUACCAAAGCAUGAGACGUAGUGCCACUGAAAGAAGACAUAUAUUUUCUGGAGGAACCUUUGCUAUUGAACAGGCGGGGUCAUGACUUGGCUGAAUUGCCCUCACGCGACACUCUUUCGUCUUCACGAGAGUAUAUAGUGUGCCUGUGUCAGUAUCGCAUAAUGGUCUGUCCUGCCAGUGGACAUCGGCAAGCCCAAAGACGUCCACAACACGACCUCAUUCACGCCCAUGACCCCCGAUCGCCAGCAAUACUCCAGAACUACGUGCAAUCGAACCAGUUCACGCCCAUCGGCCAGCUAUCGAGUCUUAAAGAAUAUCUUGGCGAGCUCGAUCGGCGAGGGCGCAGUACCACGCGUCGCGGACGGAGGGGAUGAAGAAGCUGCGGUCCUUGAACAAGAAGCAGAAGACGAUUCGCUCGCUGCGAGGGAUGAGUCGGCGCUGCGGCUGGUGGAGGCGUUGUCGGGGCUGAUUUGCAGCCUGGUCGAGGUUCACUUGUAUGCCGAGUCUUCGAACCUCCGCACCUUGUUCAGAUCGUCGUAGAUGCUGCUACGCGUCGCUCAGAGUUCGAACUGAGGGCCUGAACUCGAUAGAGAUCAAGUACAAGCUGACGAGCUGGAAGCGAGUGAUAAUCGCGCGGUUCAGGAAUGCCACCACUGCAUUGCGUGUCUUGCUCUGUGAGCUUGGGUGACGGGCGGACAUCGAGACGCGGGUGAUCAAGCGUGCGCGCUGUAUCAGUAAAUAAAGCCUGUGUCGUCAAGACGCUCGCCACUCGGGCAACGGCCCUCUGCGAACACACUCAAGCGCGGACCCGGGUCUGCAGGCAGAAAGCCAUCCGACCUUGCGGGGGGUGGCACGAUGCGGGAUUUCGUCGCUAACCCGACGUUCCUCCCCUAUCCACCACCGAGUCUCGCUCUCGACUACUCGCUUCUGCCGAAGGUUUACAUCCACGGCGAUGCACCGAGCCUAUCGACCACAGAGCACCCCCGUAGACUCGAGCCUGUCUCGCAUGUCACCGACGAGCCAGAACCAUCUGACGGCGAGGGUACGUUGCUGAGGCUAGUUAUCAAGGUCAGAGCGACGUGUGUUCGUGAGGAUGAUGAUAGUGACGGCGGUAUGAACGAGCCUGAGCAGAAGAAACGCAGGGCUUGCGACGGUCGCUUUGCUAAUGAAGUCUAGAGCCUUUACUCAGACAACGUGAUAAGUUAUUCUCCAUGCGUUUAUGCGGCUACUGCAAAGUGAUUUUAGUAUUGUUACAGUUUUGUGUUCUCUUCCAUCAUUGGCGAAUGAGCUGCGAGAUAUUUUGAAGAUAUCAGAGUUUAGCGAAGCGGGCGAAGUGUCGGAAGGCACCUCUUCCCAGGCCAUCGCCGCUUCUAGUCAAACUAUGAUUAUCUGCACCGUUUUCGCCUCUCAUUUGAACUGCACGACUCGAAUUUCAGGCUGAGUCCGCAGUCAAGAAGGAUGGUAUUAUGUCGCACUCGCCGAAUAACAUGAGCUCAUUCGGGUUGGCUUCUCCUUAAGCAUAGUGUCCCUUCUGGCUCGCCAGCAUCUGCCAGCCCCAGCGCGCCGUGCGGGGAAAGAACCCACCCGCGAUGAUAUCUCGGACUGCACAGGACAUACCUGCGGUUCUGCGUUGACGAUGAAGACAAAAAUAGUGUAGGAUGCCCCGGCAAGCAUGGACGGAUUGAAUGCACGCCCGAAGCACCCCAGAGGUAUACAUCCCGAGUGGAGGUUGUGUCGAGCAGGAUCGUCUCUUCAGGGUAUACAUUCUGAUGCAUGGAAUGCUGCCCUCGGUGUCUGUAGCGGAGUGUCGGUAGCAUGUUCCGUGAGAUGGGAUGCUGGGGAACGUCCGGAAGAGACGCAGGAGGCGAUCGUCUGGCUCGGCUUGCAACGCCACAAAAAAGCGACAUAUCCGCUCACGGUGUCAUCCUCGGUAUCUGCACCACAUGCUGCACAACACAUGGUACAUACGAGAUCUUGGGACCCCGAAAGGAAGCGCCGGAAUGCUGCCUGCCGUACGGGCACGUCCUGCCUCGGCUGCUUUCAUUAUAUGCCUCAGUAGCAGGUCCGCUUCAUGAAGGAAUGAUUAGCCUACAUGACCCUAUAAAACAAGACAGCUUUUCAUUGUACAGCUCAGUCGCCUGCUGGCCCAGCGCAGAACUUUAACCUUAUGAGCUUCUGUAUCCUGAAACCAUGACCGAAGGAUGUAUCAGUAGCCAUAUAAACGUUACGGUAGGGUAGACUCACAUACAGGCUUCCCACCGCUCUCCUGUUCCUCUACCCACUAUGGACACACUCGCUGCCCAGAGCGCC